UUAUUACAUGCUGACUUGUCUCACGUUGUGACACAUCCACGAAACCAGACUCAUCUCGUUGAAUCUUUCGUUCUUCAGAAAAAAACUAACAAGAAACAAACCAUCAUCCAAAAAUGGCGACACUGAUAGAAUUGUUACCAAAAGAAUAUGGCUUUGUGGCAAUCGUUCUCGUUCUCUACACCUUCCUCAAUUUCUUCAUGACCUUUCAAGUUGGCAAAGCUCGCAAGAAGUACAAAGUUUUCUAUCCAACGCUUUAUGCUUCUGAAUCUGAAAACAAAGAUGCCUUGCUCUUCAAUUGCGUUCAGAGAGGGCACCAAAACUCUCUGGAAACGAUGCCCAUUUUCUUCACGUUGAUGAUUUUGGGAGGGCUGAAGCAUCCUACCAUUUGUGCUGUCCUUGGAGUACUUUACACUGUUGCUAGAUACUUCUACUUUGUAGGCUAUGCCUCAGGCGAACCCAAGAACCGUCUCAAACUCGGGGGAUUUUUUAUGCCAGCACUACUGGGGCUUAUGGUGUCUACACUUUCAUUUGGAUGGAGUCUUGUCAAUCAGCCUGCAAGCCACUGACUUGAACUUUUAUCUCUUGUACUGUAGCCUCUUGAUAAUGAGGUUAUUAAAUAAUUAUAAUGCCAAGGAUUGCAAAUGAAUAAUGUAAGUUCAAAAUUUGUUGCGUUUGAUUUUCUUGCUUGCCUUUGUAUGUUACAGUAAGGACAAAUUUAGAGUUUCAACAUGGGUUUUUGGAUAUUCAUCACUGUUUUGUAUGAAGUUGACUAUUCUUCAAUCAAAUAGCUUGAUCUAUACAGACGUAACUUUCAGAGAA